UGCCAGCAGCAGUGGGCUCCGGAGUUCAUGGACCUCGUAAACAGUGGAUACUGGCCAGCUUCCACCAGCUCUUCUACUUUGUAUUCCCUCAACCUUUUCAGCAGUGUAAGAGAACUGAAAGUCAUCGCGCCGGCACUAUCCAGACAAGCCUUUGCAAAGCUGCUGGAGCAUCGUACAAAGUGUGGUGGGCGGUCAGGACCAGUGUGUGGGGACACGCUGCAGCGCAGCUUCCUGGAGUUUUCCUUUUGUGCUUUUGAGGAAGAUAACUUGUCCUGCGGUGCACCUUUCACUUGCCCCGCUUGCACCCCAGACAUGCUGGCAAUCUCUGUGGAUGGCAACAGGAAGCUAUACCGGUUUCUCCGAAAUGGAAGCUCCGACUCUUCGUUUUUUGAAGGGGCAUUUAUUGCAGAAGACGCAUCUGUGUCUGCAUUUGUUGAUGUCUUGCAUAAAGCUGUGAAACAGCUACCUGGACAAGGCAGAUGUGGGAGCUCCUCGUGGACAGCAGCGAAGGAGACUUCUAGGAGGACCUUCAAGUUGGACGAAGAGGGCAUGGAGGUUGCGGUGUGUCGGCAUGGUUUCCUCCUUAAAGCACUUAAUAUGUUCAGAGGUGAAAUCUUUGCCUACCCCAUGUAUCUGCACAAGGAGUUGAUGAGUUCAAAGCCAAGGUUUAUCGCCAUGGAUGUAAUGUGUAAAUACUGGCCAUAUUUACACAAAUCAGCAAACAUCCUUCCUGAUCUCCAGGGGCUAACAUCAAUCAGGCCUUUCCUAAGCGUCAUGCACGCUACAGCACAUUCCACUAAGUGUGAGAUUACAUGGAGUGGCAAAAACCAAGAAGGAGCAGGGUCAACUGCGGGGGAGGAAGUUGAACAGGUGAACAGCUACCUCUCCCGCUGUGCCUUAACGACUAAAUACAUGUCGAAAGGAGCACGUGUGGAUAUGCUUACAAUCCAUGCUAUGGCUUGGAACUACAAAAAAAUCACAACACUACAUCUGGCAUUGUCUGCAAGAUAUGUGAAGACUUGCCAGAGGCUUCAGGAGGAGACUGCAAGUCUAGCGGAGCUUAAAGAAAGCUUGGCUUGCACCGAUGAAGCAGUGUGGGUGUCUGAUGUGAGGGAAUGGGCAGCUGGUGACACAACAGGUACUUCCCUAGAGCAGUCCAUUGAGGGACGUUACCUUAACGUGAGGCAGCGGAAACAGGCUCUAUACCGCCAAAAUGAUAGUGGCAAGUUCCGUCACCGCCUGCGGAGGAAAAUUGCUGAGAGCAAGAGACUGCUAUUGAAAGACAUAGAGACCUACAACAGUCAUGAGCCUGCCAUGCCAAUUGAUGUUAAUGAAGUGGAGCAGUCGCUAUCAGGAGACAACCCGUCCCCAACAUGGCCGUGGGAGGUUCAUGGCAGCGCACAAAUCGAAGACAAGUUAAAAAUUUUUAACAAAGCCAUGCUGAAAAUGAGACUGGAGGAAGAAAGGACAAUACUUGUUCAGGAGAUGGCCCAGCACUGCUCAUGGUUGCAGAAGUUGCAGGCAACUCUUAAAAGAAAAACUUCAGAGGAAGACAAGCGAAACAAGGGCCUUUCCUGUCUCUGCAGAAGACGACUGUCUGAAGUUUCGGAUACAUUGAAAGAGGUGCUCCUUCAAUACAAGGCUGUUUUAGGCCCUCAGGGCUCUGCUAUAGAACUGGAAGAUAAACAGGAGAAUGAAAGUGAUUUCAGCAGUCCAGACACCAGUGAAAAUGAAGAGGAGGAGUGCAGUGAGGAGUUACCGGGCAGGUGUCUGUAAUCGCUUGCUUGCGGCCUGGGCAGUGUAAAAGGACUUCAUGGGUGCCAUUCCGGGUUCCUUCUCUCCUGUAUCACAUUGUUUUGCUUUUUGUUUGCCUUUUUGCCUCAUUUCAUACCAUAUCAUUUAUACUGAUUAUUGCUUAUGUCUCAUUUUUCA